UUUUUUUUUUUUUUGUAGAAAAUGGCUCAUGCACUAUCUAUCUUUUCACGACGUACAAAAACAUUAUCUGGUGCUGGUAUUCUUACCAUAGCCUUUGCCAUUUACAAAGCACGAAGGUAUAUUCAAACUGCUGGAAACCAAGUCAUUAAUCAACAAGAGUCUACCAAUACCAAAGGCAAACAACCGAAAGUCUCUCUCCAAAAGACUGGAACAAGUUCUCAAUUUUUGGACAAUAUGAAACAACUUUUACCUAUAUGUAUACCAGGUUUCUUCUCUAAAGAAUCAGGACUUCUUGUUGCUUUAACAACUAUUAUUAUUGUUCGUACUUCGUUAGACAUUUGGUUUUCUGGCUUCAACGGAAAAGUAGUCAAAGCCAUUGUUUCUCGUAACCGCAAAGAAUUCUUUACAAAGAUUAUAUUUGAAUUCGGAUUGAUGAUGUGGCCUAUGAGUAUAGUGAACAAUUCAUUAAAAUUGACGAUUAGUGCUCUGUCAUUAUCCUUCCGUGAAAGAUUAACCAAGUACGCUCAUAACCAAUAUUUGGAUGGAAUUUCUUUUUCCAAAGUAUCUAAUUUGGAUAGUAGACUACAAAAUGCUGAUCAACAUUUGACUCAAGAUAUUGACAAGUUUUCUGAUCAUUUGGCUCAUUUGUAUUCCGACAUUACUAAACCUGUGGUGGAUAUCUUUCUUUUUGCCUAUAAAUUGGGAGAAGCCAUAGGAAAUGAAAGUCCAAUUUAUAUCAUUGCUUAUUUCGUAUUGUCUGGUGUCUUACUUCGAACUUUCUCUCCUCCAUUUGGCCGAUAUGCUGCUAUUGAACAGAAAUUAGAAGAUGAUUUUAGACUUGGUCAUGCACAUAUUAUCUCUCAUACUGAAUCUGUGGUAUUUGAUGGUGGUGAAAGACAAAAAGAAGUAGUGAAUAACAGUUUUCAAAAGAUCGUCAAUCAUGUACGAAAAGUAUAUACAUUACGAUUUUUGAAUGGUAUAUUUGAUUCUGUCUUGGUCAAAUAUUGUGCCACUAUUACAGCCUACUACCUUCUUGCGCGUCCUGUAUUUGAUGCACGUUAUGCAACCAAAUUUAUGGGUGCUCUCCAAGAUGAUCCUGUCAAACUUGUAGAAGAUUACUCUCGAAAUUCAAGUUAUUUGAUCAAUUUGUCUCAAGCUGUUGGUCGUUUGAUUCUUACUGGACGUGAUUUGACUAGGUUUGCUGGUUAUACUUCAAGGGUUUCUGAAUUAUUCGAUGUCCUUGGAGAAACACAAUGAUUUCGAAAUUCAAGCAGUUAUUCAAUAGUAGUGGUAGCAACAUUUGAUCUUUUAUUCCCUUUUUUAGUUAGUGAUCUAUUUUAUUCUAUAAUUUUUUUUUACUUUGAUAAACUUAUUCCAAUUUUUUUUUUGUUACUAAUGAAAUACAAAUGAUGAUUUUCGAUCUAUGUAUUUUGAUGAGCAAAAGGAAAAGGACUCUUUCAAAUUCGUACAACCAGUACAAGUCGGAGUGUAAAU